CGCUGGUGGUUGUCGGUUAUAUAAGACAAGGAGCUGUAGAGUUCCCGCGUCAUUCUUUCCUCGCACCACCUCAAGGCCACACCGGCAUGAGGCUCCUGAUUACGGUGCUGGCGGCGGUGGUGUCGGGGUGCCUGGGCCGCCCUGACGACAUAAUCAUCCACUCCGGCCCGUCCUUCAGCGCCCCGAUACACUCCGCGCCUCCACCCGCCACCAGGAGAUCCCACACAUCCUCCACUACUAUCUCCCCAACCUACAGCCGUCCAACCAUCCGCCUGGACACAGCACCGAGGCCACACCCAAUCGUUCAUCAGGAGGUUGACAUAAAACUGUACGAGGAACCUAGAGAAACAUACAUAGUCCCUACCACUGCCAGGCCGCCUCUCCCUCGUCCUCGCCCGACACUUCCUCCUGUCCCUCACCCUGUUUACGCAUCACCUCCUCUUCCACCUCCACCUCCACCACCACCACCUCCUCCUCCUCCUCGGGCUGUGUAUGCCUCCCCACUUCCUCAUCCACCACCACCUCCUCCUCCUCCUCCUCCUCCUGCGCCUCAUGCUCCUCUUCCCCCACUGGUAAGGAGAAGAAGGCCAAGACUCAGACGUAUACGCCCAGUUAGACUUCCAAGACCUCAUCCUCCUGCUCUGCCUCUUCCUCAACAUCCUCCUCCCCAGCCGCCUCAGCAUCUCCCCCCAAUCCACCCUGAGCCGUACCUGCCCCCCGUGGAUGACUACCAGGAACCAAUGCCGUACGGGUUUGGCUACGACGUGCGGGACGAGUACACUGGCGCCAACUACGGCCAUCGGGAAUCCAGCGACGGCUAUCUCACCGAAGGAGAGUACUACGUCCCGCUCCCCGACGGCCGCGUGCAGAAAGUGUCCUACUACGUGAGCGGCGACUCAGGCUUCGUGGCCCAGGUGUCCUACGAGGGAGAGGCGGCCUAUCCUGCCUACUACCCGCCGGAACAGCCGCACCCUGCUUAUCUCUUGCCUACAGAGCCGUAUCCCCUGCCACAACCAGCGCCGCAGUACCAUCCUCCACCUCCUCCUCACCCGCCUCCUCAUCCCCCGCCUCUCUCUUACGCGUAGAUGAGUCGCCGCGCUGUCAGUUUUGCCAACACCUUGACCACUCACUGUCUCCUCCCUCUAUCGCCACCGAAUCUCGUGAUGGCGUGAUAGCGUAGCCUCCCUGCCACUGCCGCGACCUCAGAGUUACUCGUACAGAAAGUUAUAUGCCCUGAACAUGUGCUGUGGCUCUCACGUGACGAGUUUAUGUGGUGAGUAGACACAGUAAGUACGUGUGACUCAAGGUUUAGCUACGUAUCGCAUUAUUUAAGCCGUAUUAGUGUGUCAUGUUUUAUCAAACAAGAAAUCAAUUAUAAAGUGCCGCGACUUAAGGAUAUGAUAUUUGCCUAUGAUUUUUCACAUUUCUUUCCUAUUCAUUAUCCUGUCAUCCUUUUGAGGACUGGUACCUUCAGCUGGCCUUUUUUCCAGCAUUUCGUUGCCAUAGAUCGCCAAACUUUAUCUUGCAUACAAAACUGAAAGUUACAAGUGUUUAUUUAAUGCAAGAGCUACAACUCAUGUUUAGCAUGGAAUAUGGUAACUUUACGCACGAGUGACUCUGCACGCAAACAUCUUCCAACCCUCUAGUUCUAGUCAUCUUAGGUAGGUCCUCGUCCACAAGUAUGGGCUCUUUGUAAAUCUUGACUUGAAAACUGACUCUCGACUCACGUCCACGAAUCAGAGGUGUUUUCGUAAACUGCUUGCUAAUAACGUGUGUGAGAGGAAAGGGUAGAGUGGAUCAGGUAGGUUGGAACUCUUGAAGGUGAGAGAAUGAGAUGGUAAUUCCGUGAAAUAAUGAGCAUCGAAGAAAAAAAAAUCAUGAUAAACAACCGACGGAUUAGCCAAAGAUGUUACAAGAGUGGAUAAAAUCAGAUGUUCUAAUUUAAUCAUUUAAAAAUGUUCUUUGACGGAGAAUAAUAAGACAGUUAGUCCUUAACUCGAUCAAUAGUGCGUCCUUUAGAGAAUAUAAUGAGGAGCUUUAUCCUUUCAAUUAAACAUAACAUGCAUUUCGAGGGAAAUUAAUGGGACAGGUUACCCUUAAUAUAACCAAAAGAAGCUUCUAGGAAUGAAAUGAUAAUAUACCAUCGCUGUACACGCAUACACUACACUUGCUGGCUGAGAGAUGGAGUCCUUGAGUCUCCAGGCUAAGAUUUGUACACUUGCUAAAUCUGCAGGAGGUUUUCACUGAGCAAGAAGAUGCAGCGUGUGGCGUGUGAAAAAUCUCACCUAAACACAGAUUCUCUCGAGACGGUAAAGCUGGCGAUCACAAGUCCUCAUUCUCACUUGUACGAUUCUCAAGAGCGUGGUGAGUUACUGUCAAGUCAUCACACACCUGUCCAGUGCUGCCUCCCGCUAAGGCAUCUCCGUCUUAAUUUUCAUGCAAGUCCAACAGACUCAUGUUAAUAUCUAUGCCUAGCCUUCGAUUUAUAAAGCACUUAUCAACGCUCAAAAUCUUCUCAUAUCAUUCCAUCUCCUUCGUGAUCCAUCUCAUUCGGCCAGCCUCUCCAGUCCACUCAGCCCUAAGAUCUAGUGCUCCAUUAGGCUUAGUUCCCACUCCAGUGUCCAUUCACAUGCUUCCUUAUUUCACGCCCCCAGCCCCGCUCAGCAUUCAAAACUCACGCAAUUCAUCUACUAGUUCUUAUCUCAAUCAGUUAGCCCACUCAGUUACAGCACAAGUGCUACACCCUUCAAACUCACCCCCAAUGUUCUUAUCUAACACAACUAUCUUACUCUUUUCUCAUUAACAACAAGCGAUUAUAUGUUGAAGAAAUAUCCCUCAUACAGAGAUACGAAAGAGUACAAUGUGUUAUACGUAGUUUCGCCACUUUUCUUUUCAUUCCUCUAAGAUAUCCAGACCUGUUACUUAACGUAGUGACUCAUCUUCUAUUACUAAUUUCACUCUUUGCUUUUAUUACUAACAAGUGACUAAAGCCUGAAAAAUAUCCCUAACAUUGAAAAACGAGUGACUGCAAUUUUUUUCCUCCUCUCUUUCUUUUCUUUUCUUCUCUUUCUCUUACACACCGAGAUCAAUUACCUAACACAGUCACUCAUCUUCUAUUGUUACUUUUGCUCUUUUUAUAUUAAUCAAUAACAGACGCACGAAGCUUGAAACAUAUACCUGACAUUGAUAAACGAGUGAUUGCAUUUUUUCCUUCCCUCUUUCUUCUCUUUCCGUCUCUUCCUCUAACACACCUAGACCGGUUACUUCACCUAGUCACUCAUCCUCCAUUGUUACUUUUGCUCUUUUUUUUUAUUAAUAAGAGACGUACGAUACUUGAAAGAUAUCCCUAACAUUAAAAAACGAGUGAUCUCUAUUUUAUCCUCCUCUUUUUCUUCUCUUUUACUUUUUUUCCUCUUACACAAAAAGAGAAGUUACGUAGAACCGCUCUCAGCCCCGGUCCCUGCUCUUGCUUUUUCUAAUUGUGCGUGUGUAGCUCCAGUUUCGCGUCACGUUACUGUUACUGUUGAUACUUCGAUGUGUUGCUGUUCCGAAGGUUGUCUCGUCUCCCGCUUGCCACUUCACUGCUCCGCGUUCCUUUGAUUCCGUGACCCAGUGUUGUGUUGUUUUGCAUUGUUUACCUUUGUGUUUCUUAAUAAAGUGAAGG